AUGGCUCUUUCCGAGGGACGGUUGACCUUCAGGGAUGUGGCCAUAGAAUUCUCUCAGGAGAAGUGGGAAUGCCUGGACCCGGCUCAGAGGGCCUUGUACAGGGAUGUAAUGUUGGAUAACUACAGGAACCUGCUUUCCGUGGGAAGCCUUUCUGCUGGAUUUGCAAUAAAGGAAUUAUUGCCAAGAGAGGACAUUAAUGAAGGAGAAUUCUGCCAUCUACUGGUAUUGGAAAGAACUGAAAGCUGUGGCAUCAAGGAUUUUGACCUCAAAGAAGUCUUGGAAAAUAUACAUGAGUUUGGAAGUGUGUGGGGAUAUGAUGCCAGAAAUCACAAAGCAGUGCCGUUAAUCCAUAACGGAAAGCUCACUCAUAGAAUAGGUGAAUGUAAUAAAACCACAAAUAAUUUUCCUGAAAAGCAUCUUUCUGUAGGAAAUAAUACGUACCAAUAUUUCAUGCAUGAUGAGCCAUUGAUAGGAAAUUUGUUAAAACUGAAAAAUAACAUAAGUGAUGCUAGAAACAAGUAUGUAAUGUGUUUCGAAAAUAGAACUCAAUCAGGUUUGCAGGCACACUUGGCGGAAGUGCAGAGAUUUCAAACUGAGGAGAAAAUUUGUGAAUGCAAUCCAGUUGAGAAGUCUAUCAACCAUGAUUCUUCAGUUUCACCACUUCAACAAAUUCCUAAUGGUGUUAAAAAUAUUUGUAAUAAAUAUAGGGAGGUUUUUAAAUAUCUUUUGUUACUUACACAAUAUGGGCAAACACAUACUGGAGAAAAAUCUUACAAAUGUAAUAAAUGUGGGAAGGCUUUUAGCAAAAGCUCAUACCUCUCAAAACAUGAGAGAAUUCAUUCUGGACAGAGACCUUACAAAUGUAAUGAAUGCAACAAAGCCUUUGCUAGCCAUUCAAACCUUACUCAACAUAAGAGAAUCCAUAUUGGAGAGAAACCUUACAAAUGUAAUGAAUGCAGCAAAGCUUUUGCUAGACAUUCAACCCUUACUCAGCAUAAGAGAAUCCAUACUGGAGAGAAUCCUUGCAAAUGUAAUGAGUGUGGCAAAGCUUUUACCCUUUAUGAUGGUCUUAAAGGACAUCAGAGAAUUCAUACUGGAGAAAAACCUUACAAAUGUUAUGAAUGUGGCAAAGACUUUGCUGAUUGUUCAGGACUUACUAAGCAUAAGAGAAUCCAUAGUGGAGAGAAACUUUACAAGUGUAAUGAGUGUGGCAAGGUCUUUGGUGAAAAGUCAUAUCUUGCAAUUCAUCAGAGAAUGCAUACUGGAGAGAAGCCUUACAAUUGUAAUGAAUGCAGCAAAGCCUUUGCUCGACAGUCAAAGCUUACUCAACAUAAAAGAAUCCAUACUGGAGACAAUCCUUACAAAUGUAAUGAAUACAGCAAGGCCUUUGCUAACAACUCAAGGCUUACUCAACAUAAAAGAAUUCAUACUGGAGAGAAACCUUGCAAAUGUCAUGAGUGUGGCAAGGUCUCUAGUCACAGGUCAAAUCUUGCAACUCAUCAGAGAAUUCAUACUGCAGAGAAACCUUACAAAUGUAAUGAAUGUGGCAAAGAAACUGAUUGUUCAGUACUUAGUAGGCAUAAGAAAAUCCAUACUAGAGAGAAAAUUUACAAAUGUAAUGAUUGUGACAAAUCUUUUACCCAAUUUUCAUGCGUUAAAAGACAUAAGAAAAUCCAUACUGGAGAGAAACCUUCCAAAUGGUCUGUUGGGCGUGAGGAGAAACACACAGGGAAACCUGAGGGGCGGAGGAGAGCGCCAGGCACCGCGCCCAGGCCCCGCCCCUACGUCGACCGAGCCCCACCCGACCUCUGUGCACGCCCCGUCACGUCGGCCCCGCCCCGAUACGCACGCGCAUGCGCGGCUUCCUGCAGACGGAAGCGGGUCACGCGGAGCAACCGGCACCCUCGGACGUCCCGAGUCCUGCUGCUCCGUGCGGUCCGGGAGCCCGCGUCCGUUUCCGGACGCUCUGAGGCAGGUCCCCGCCCGACCUUUCUGCCUUCGGUCCGCGUAGACACCGACCGCCCGCCUCGUCGUGUUCCUGCUCGGAGCCUUUCUCGGAUGCCCCACUCCCCUCCUCUCCCCUCGCCCCCCGCAACCGGAUCUGAGAAUCUCAGAGGAAGAGGACAGAAAGGUGGAAUGGCUCUUUCCAAGGGACAAUUAACUUUCAGGGAUGUGGCCAUAGAAUUCUCUCGGGAGGAGUGGGAAUGCCUGGACCCUGCUCAGAGGGCCUUGUACAGGGACGUGAUGUUGGAGAACUACAGGAACCUGCUCUCCGUGGGUGAGGAUAACUUCCCUUCUGAAGUUGCUCUUCCUGCUGAAUUUGCAAUAAAGGAAUUAUCACCGAGAGAGGACAUUAAUGAAGGAGACUUCCACCAUCUACUGAUAUUGGAAAGAACUGAAAGCCGUGGCAUCAAGGAUUUUGACCUCAAAGAAGUCUUGGAAAAUAUGCAUGAGUUUGGGAGUGUGUGGGGAUAUGAUGCCAGAAAUCAAAAAGGACUUCCGUUAAUCCAUAAUGGAAAGCUCACUUGUAGGAUAGAUGAAGGUAAUAAGUCCACAGAUAAUUUUCCUCGAAAGCAGAGUCUUUCUGUAGGAAAUAAUAUGUACCAAUAUUCCAUGCACAAUGAGCUAUUUAUAGGCGAUUUUUUAAAACUGAAAAAUAACGUAAGUGAUGCUAGAAAUGAGUAUAUAAUGUGUUUGGAAAACAGAACUCAGUCAGGUUUGCAGGCACACCUGACUGAACUGCAGAGAUUUCAAACUGAGGAGAAAAUUUGUGAAUGCAGUCAAGUUGAGAAGUCUAUCAACCAUGGUUCCUCAGUCUCACAACCUCAACAAAUUCCUCCCAGUGUUAAAAAUAUUAGUAAUAAAUGUAGGAAGGUGUUUAAAUAUCUUUUGUUGCCUGCACAAUAUGGGCAAACACAUACUAGAGAAAAGUCUUACACAUGUAAUAACUGUGGGAAGGCUUUUAGCAAAACCUCAGACUUUUCAAAACAUGAAAGAAUUCAGUCUGGACAGCCACCUUACAAGUGCAAUGAGUGUUGCAAAGCUUUUAAUAAGUGCUUGAACCUUCCUAGACAUCAGAAAAUCCAUACAGGAGAGAAAUCAUAUGAAUGUGAUGUAGAUGGCAAAAUCCUUCAUCAAAAUUCAAACCUUAGGAGUCAUCAGAGAAUGGAUACUGGAGAGAAACUUCACAAAUGUAAUGAAUGCAGCAAAGUCUUUGCUCUAUACUCAAGUCUUACUCGACAUAAGAGAAUACAUACUGGAGAGAAACCUUACAAAUGUAAUGAAUGCAGCAAAGCCUUUGUUAGACAUUCAACCCUUACUCAACAUAACAGAAUUCAUACUGGAGAGAAACCUUACAAAUGUAAUGAAUGCAGCAAAGCCUUUGCUCGACACUCAACGCUCACUCAACAUAAGAGAAUCCAUACUGGAGAGAAACCUUACAACUGUAAUGAGUGUGGCAAAGCUUUUACCUUUUAUGAAGGCCUUAAAAUACAUCAGAGAAUUCAUGCUGGAAAGAAACCUUACAAAUGUAAUGAGUGUGGCAAAGUCUGUAGUCACAAGUCAAAUCUUGUAACUCAUCAGAGAAUUCAUACUGGAGAGAAACCUUACAAAUGUGAUGAAUGCAACAAAGCCUUUGCUCAUGGUUCAAUGCUUACUCAACAUAAAAGAAUCCAUACUGGAGAGAAACCUUACAAAUGUAAUGAAUGUAGCAAAGCCUUUGCUGAACGCUCAAAGCUUACUCAACAUAAGAGAAUCCAUACUGGAGACAAAUCAUACAAAUGUAAUGAAUGCAGCAAACAUACUGGAGACAAAUCAUACAAAUGUAAUGAAUGCAGCAAAGCCUUUGCUGAACGCUCAAAGCUUACUCAACAUAAGAGAAUCCAUACUGGAGAGAAACCUUACAAAUGUAAUGAGUGUGGCAGGGUCUAUAGUCAAAAGUCAAAUCUCGCAACUCAUCAGAGAAUUCAUACUGGAGAGAAACCUUACAAAUGUGAUGAAUGCAGCAAAGCCUUUCGUCAACAUUCAAUGCUUACUCAACAUAGGAGAAUCCAUACUGGAGAGAAACCUUACAACUGUAAUGAGUGUGGCAAAGUUUUUACCUUUUAUGAAGGCCUUAAAAUACAUCAGAGAAUUCAUACUGGAGAGAAACCUUACAAAUGCGAUGAAUGCAGCAAAGCCUUUGCUCGACGCUCAAUGCUUACUGUACAUAAAAGAAUCCAUUCUGGAGAGAAACCUUACAAAUGUAAUGUGUGUGGCAAAGAUUUUGCUGAUUGUUCAAGACUUAACAGGCAUAAGAGAAUCCAUACUGGAGAGAAACCUUACAACUGUAAUGAGUGUGGCAAAGUUUUUACCUUUAACGAAGGCCUUAAAAUACAUCAGAGAACUCAUACUGGAGAGAAACCUUACAAAUGCGAUGAAUGCAGCAAAGCCUUUGCUCAACGCUCAGUGCUUACUCUACAUAAAAGAAUCCAUAGUGGAGAGAAACCUUACAAAUGUAAUGUAUGUGGCAAAGUCUUUGCUGAUGGUUCAGGACUUAGUAGGCAUAAGAGAAUCCAUACUGGAGAGAAAAUUUAGAAAUGUAAUGAUCGUGGUAAAUCUUUUACCCAAUUUCCAUGCCUUAAAAGACAUAAGAAAAUCCAUACUGGAGAGAAACCUUAUAAUAAUGAAUAUGGCUAGGUUUCUGGUCAAAAGCCAAACCUUACAAUUCAUCACAGAAUUCGUACUGGAGAGAAACCUCACAAUAGUAGUGAAUGCAGGAAAGCCUUUCCUGAGCAUUCAAGCCUUACUCAGCAUAAGAAAAUCCAUACUGGAGAGAAUCCGUACAAAUGUACCUAAUGUGGCAAAUCUUUUAUCCCAUUUUCAUGCCCUAUUCAGCAUUAA